GCGUGUUUAGAACAUCCAGUGUCCUAACGGAGGAAAGCUACCCCAGAAAGGUGUCCAGGUUUGACUUUCCUCCCUCUUUUUUGACUCUUGGAUGUUUGUAAAAUGUCCGGGUCUCAGGGACUUUCAGUUUUUCAUGAAGAGGUCCAGCAGCUGUCAGUGAGUACAGAAGAGAUCUCCUCUGAGAAGCAGGAGAGGAGCUCCAGUUCGAACCAAGAAAUAAGCAAGCCUCUGCAAAUUAAAGAGGAGCCAGAGGAAGAAUGGAGCAUUCAGGGGGGAAAGCAGCUUCAAGGACCAAAGGGAGAUGAUAUUAUCAACUUCACUUCUGUUCCUGUCCCUGUGAAGAGUGAAGAUGAUGAGGAGAAACCUCAGUCCUCACAGCUUCAUCACAUAAAAAUUGAGGCAGCCCGGUACUUUGAUCCAGAGAGAGAUUUACAACCAGAGACUGAGGUCAAGACUGAAGACUCAUCUGAUUCUGGGACUGAUGACAGCACUGAUUGGAGGGAGGCAACAGAACACCAGUCAUGUUCAAGCUCAGUGGGAAAAAUCCCCAAAGAGAGAGCAAAGACUGAGAAGAAAUUGCAUAUCUGCUCUGAGUGUUGUAAAACAUUUACAGACAAAAGCCAACUUAAACACCAUAUGAAAAGUCACACUGGAGAGACACCCUUUAGCUGUUCUGAGUGUGGAAAGAGUUUUAAAUACAAAUGGUCCCUGAAACAACAUAUGCAAACUCACACGGGAGAAAAACCCUUCAGCUGCUCUGAGUGUGGGAAGAGAUUUAAAUACAAAUGCUCCCUUAAAACCCAUAUCAGAUGUCACACGGGAGAGAAGCCCUUUCACUGCUCUGAAUGUGGAAAAAGUUUUACAAAUAAGCACAAUUUUAAAGCUCAUUUGAGAAUUCACACAGGAGAGAAACCUUUUGGAUGCUCUGAGUGUGGCAAAACAUUUUACAGCCUGGAAGUUUUGAACAAACACAAAGCAGUUCACAUAGGAGAGAAACUCUUUAGCUGCUCUGAGUGUGGUCAGAGAUUUACACAUAAAGGAAGUUUGAAGACUCACAUGAGAAUUCACACAGGAGUUAAAGCUUUUGUCUGCUCUGAGUGUGACAAAAGAUUUAUUGAUCAAAAAGGUUUAAACAGACACAGCGUAGUUCACACCAGAGAAAAACCAUUCUGCUGCUUAGAGUGUGGUAUGAGAUUUACACAAAAAGGAAGCGUGGCCAGACAUAUGGACCAAAGACCAGGGACCCCCACUGCACCUGAAGUUUUCCACGAAGAGGUCCAGCAGCUGUCAGUGAGUACAGAAGAAAUCUCCUCUGAGGAGCAGGAGAGGAGCUCCAGUUUGAACCAAGAAAAAAGCAAGCCUAUGCAAAUUAAAGAGGAGCCAGAGGAAGAAUGGAGCAGUCAGGGGGGAGAGCAGCUUCAAGGAGCAGAGGAGGAUGGUAUCAUCAAGUUCACUUUUGUUCCAGUCCCUGUUAGGAGUGAUGAAGAGGAGGAGAAACCUCAGUCCUCACAGCUUUGUCAAAGUCAAACGCAACAGAUGGAAACAGGAGAGGGCUGUGGUGGAGCAGAGGCAGCCAGUUACUUUGAUCCAGAGAGAGAUUUACAACCAGAGACUGAGGUCAAGACUGAAUACUCAUCCGAUCCUGGGACUGAUGACAGCACUGACUGGAGAGAGGCAACAGAACACCAGUCAGGUUCAAACUCAGUAGAAACAAUCCCAAAAGAGAGAGCAGAGACUGAGAAGAAAUUGUACAUGUGUUCUGAGUGUGGUGAAAGCUUUAUUUACAAAAGCCAACUUAUAAAACACAUGAGAAUUCACACGGGAGAAAAACCUUUCAGCUGCUCUGAGUGUGGAAAGAGAUAUAAACACAAAUGGUCCCUUACAGAACAUAUGAGAAUUCACACAGGAGAGAAACCUUUCAGCUGCUCUGAGUGUGGAACAAGAUUUGAACACCACUGGUCCCUUAGGGAACAUAUGAGAAUUCACACAGGAGAUAAACUCUUCAUCUGUUCUGAGUGUGGAAAGCAAUAUAAAAACAAAUGGUCCUUUACAAGUCAUAGGAGAAUUCACUCAGAAGAGAACCCUUUCAGCUGCUCUGGGUGUGGGAAGAAAUUUAAAUUCAAAUAUCUCCUUAAAAAACAUAUGCGAAUGCACACUGGAGAGAAACCCUUUCACUGCUCUGAGUGUGGUCAGAGAUUUACACAAAACAGUCAUCUGACAGCUCACAUGAGAAUUCACACAGGAGAAAAACCUUUUGGCUGCACUGAUUGUGGCAAAAGAUUUAGAGAUCAAAUGGGUUUUAACAGACACAAAGCAGUUCAUACUGGAGAGAAACCCUUUAGCUGCUCCGAGUGUGGUUUGAGAUUUACCCAAAAAGGAAGUUUGACAGUACACAUGAGAAUUCACACAGGAGAAAAACCUUUUGGCUGCUCUGAGUGUGGCAAAAGAUUUAGCGAUCAAAGGGGCUUUAACAGACACAGGGUAGUUCACACCAGAGAGAAACCCUUCGGCUGCUUAGAGUGUGGUCAGAGAUUUACACAAAAAGGAAGCUUGACUAAACAUAUGAGAUUUCACACACAGCUACUUUAGAGACUGAGCUUAAUCCUGAAGCCUUUUCUGAACCUGAGAUUCAGAUCAUUAUUGUGUCCUCUUUCAAAAAUUGUGAACUUACUUUACAAAGAAUACCCCUUCCCAUUUCAUGCUGUCUGCGAUGGAACAAAAAAGAAAAGAAAAAAAAGAAACUGUGAAUAAGUUUUAUAGUUAGUCGUGUCAAAGUUUGUGUCACCUGAUAAUGAAUCAUUAGACUCACCUGUGGUUGGAUUCUUGUUCAUUAGAAUUUUGUGGUCUAAAAUUUAGCUUUGCUUCCAAGACUUUCAUUGGAGUGUACUCAUUUUUGCAACAUGGUCUUGAAUGAUCUUGUUAGGACAAUUACUUUUUUGUGUAAUUAUUGAGUGCUGUUUUUGCUACAAGAUUGUUUUCUUUUUCUCCGGAAUAAAGCAUGUAGGUUGAAGUUGCUGUUAUUUUUAUGUUACAUACAGUGCAUUCAGAAAAUAUUCAGACCCACUUCACAUUUUCAGUUUAUGUUGCAGCCUGAUGCUUCUGUUUUUUAAUUUUUUUUUUCCCAAUCUACACUCAGUGCCCAUAAUUACAAAGUGAAACUGAAAUUUUAUACAUUUUUGCAAAAGUAUGAAAAAUAACAACACCUGAAAUUUAGUUGAGGUUCCUCCUAAAGCAGCAGUUUAAUCUGACUUAGACCACAGUUCUUUAAUAAAACAAGAGCAAAGAGCCACACUAAAAGCGUUUGUUUGGAGAGAAGGUGUUUAUUCACAUCUUUGGCUUGAAUUUUAGCCACCAACAAGCUCUGCCAUUCAAACACUCCGGCAGUGCUAGCCUGUGCUACUCAGGUUAGUACCUAAAUAACCACUGC